AUGGCCCUAAUAAAGGUGCAACAUACCUGGAUGGAAUGGUUGGAUGGUAAUGCUAGUAUGGUACGCGUCGUCUCUUUUGAUUUGACACGGUACCGCACGAGAUUUUAUGCAAUAAGCUGAGGAAGCUUCCUAUCAGUCCCUAUAUUAACAAUUGGAUCAUCAAUUUCCUAACCAAUAGGUAUCAACGAGUCAUUGUUGAUGGCGUUAAAACAGAAUAUUUGCCUAUAAAUCGUGGAGUUCCUCAAGGAACAGUAUUAGGUCCAAUACUGUUUUCUAUAAUGAUUAAUGAUAUCCGUCCUGUUCAAGCCUCAAACUUAAUUGUUAAAUUUGCAGAUGACAUAAAUCUAGGGAUUAAGGCCACAGAUGAUAGUGACGCCUCUUAUAUGGAAACAAACAAUAUUAUCAACUGGGCGGAAACAAAUCGCAUGAAACUUAACUAUAAAAAGACGUGGGAGACGGUCAUUCGCGGCAAGAUAACCCGGCCACUUCCUGCGCCUCUGCCUAUGAUUGUUCGUAAAAGUUGGUUGAAGAUACUUGGUGCAACAUUUCAAGAGAAUCCUUCCAUGUGGGAAAUGCAUCUAGAUGAAUUAAUGAGUAAAGCCUGUAGCUGA